GUCUUUCUUUCUGAAUGGAAGGAAAACAAAGUAUCCCUUUCCCAGCUCGCCAACUCAGAGCUGAAGGAAGAUUUUCUUCAUGGACUGAAGAUGCUGAAGUCUCUCCAGAGCAAGUAUGUUGUCAGACUGCUUGGCUAUUGCGAGAAGCAGUUCACAGUCCUUACCCAAUAUCACCCGUUAGGCUCCCUGAAGAGCCUGAAUGAAAUGCUGGACCUUCCCAGAUAUAAAGGCUUGAAUACUUGGCAUCGCAGAUUCAUGCUCGCAAUAGACUAUGUGAGCAUCAUCCAUUAUUUGCACAACAGUCCUUUGGGCACCUUAGUAAUGUGUGAUUCCAAUGACUUGGACAAGCUGUUAUCGCAGUAUCUGCUGACAAGUGACUUUCAUGUUCUGGUGAAUGACUUGGAUGCCUUGCCUCUCGUGAACAAGAGCGCUGGCAGGCUGGUGAAGUGUGGCCAUCGGGAGCUCCAAGGCGAGUUUGUAGCUCCUGAACAGCUUUGGCCCUAUGGGGAGGAGGUGCCAUUUGAAGAUGACCUCAUGCCUCCAUAUGACGAGAAGACGGACAUAUGGAAAAUCCCUGAUGUCACCAAUUUUUUCUUGGGCCACGUUGAAGGGAGUGAUAUUGUCAGGUUCCAUUUGUUCGACAUCCAUGCUGCAUGUAAGAAGAAGAACCCAGCUGAAAGGCCUUCCGCCCAGAUGGUCAUGGACACAUACAGGAAAAUGUUAACGUUGCUGCUCAGAGAGGCUGCCAUGCCUGGUACCAGGGAAAUGUUAUAAAUAACUGUGAGAAGACAUACAGGUACUCUGGUUGAUGUCCUGUUAUUUAUUUAGCACCCACAGGGUGCUAGGUCCUUUACAAACUGGUAGCAGGACAAGGUCCCUACCCAAAGAACAAAGGAGACAAAAUUGACACUAGUGAUGGUUUGAAAAAAGGUAAAUCUGUUUCAUGAAAAAAAUUGAAAUGUUUUGACCCAAACCCCCCAAUUUUGAAGGGUUUUAGGGGUUUUUUUGGAUCUCCCC